AUGAGCCUGGAGCGCGAGACGGACGCGCGCGAGGCGGCGCUCGCGGAUAAAGUGCGCGCGCAGGCGGACGCGAUGGCGGACGCGGCGUGGGAGAAGAUCGAGGCGAGCGAGGCGAGCGCGGAGGCGGUGAGGCGCGACGUCGCCGCGCGAGGGGUGGCGCGAGUGAACGGAGUGAUGCGGGAGGACACGGCGAGGGCGACGGAGGCGUACGUGCGCGAGACGCUGCGGACGAACGACGCGGGAGGGGAUGGGAGGAAUUUAUCCGUGGAGUCGUUCGGGAACGUGUAUUGCAAGAAGAAUAGGUGGGAUUUGAAACUCGCGUACGACGCGCCCGUGCGCGCGGCGCUGCGGGAGUGCGUGGCGUCGAUGGGGGAAGCGCUGACGGCGGUGUGCGGCGCGGAUGCGAAACUCGUCGAGCUCGCGGCGUUGGUGAGCGACCCGGGGUCGACGCGACAGCCGGUGCACCCGGACACGGCGUACAGGAGAGAUCCCUCCGUGUUCACGUGCUUCGUGGCGCUGCAGGACGUCGAGCGAGACAUGGGUCCGACGCUGUUCAUCCCAGGAACGAACAACGCGCAGGCGCACGUCGAAUUUAGGGAGGGUAACGAACGCGAAGGGCCAGUGUUUCGUCGACCGUACGAGCUCGGCGUCAUCUCUCGCGGCGAUGCGACUUUGUUUGAUAGCAGAACGUUGCACUGCGGAACGGAAAACGACAGCUCGCGACGACGAGUGUUGUUUUACUUUUCGUUUCAACGAGCGGACGGCGACAAUCCAAACGCCGCGAUUAGCACGAUUAGAACCGAGUUGCGUGACAAGUACACGCUCGCAGAUUUAUUGGCUUAA